CUUCCGGUUGUCACUGUCAACAACUUCCGUUCUGACAGUGGCAACUUCUCCGGCAACUUUAAAGCUUGUAAAGCUUUCUUUUGUUAGAAAGGGGCCAUGGAAAGAAUUCAUGUGCCCCCUGUGGGCCCCGCAGACCUGCCCCUGUCCCUGCUGGAGAUGGGAUGCUCCGGCAGGUUUGAGCUCAUCACACAUCCACUGCCCGGCCAGCCUUUACCUCCACAGAGCACUCUCCCACAUGGUCUCCCUCCCACCAGCCUGAACCUGGAGACUGAAGUGGAGAAGCAGUUCUUGAGAGACCCUGCCUGGCUUCCAAUCCACAGCACAGACUUUGCCUUCAAGAAGUUUCUAAAGGUGACUCAUCGUAACACAAACGCCGACUCUCUGCUGAACUGCACCCCGUCUCCGCUUCAUUCUAGCCUCUCUGUUGUCAGAGAUCCAACCACCGGGAUGCUGCUCGACUUCACAGAGGUGCUCCUGGAGAACACUGACCUCUCAGCCAAGAACUCGCUGUCACUGCAGCGGCAGCCUGGACCUCCGUCAGAGAGCCUCAGAGGAAGCAAUACCAACUACCCCUUUCUCCCCGGAGGAAUGGAAGAACUGACUCUGGACCAAAUCAAGGUGAAGUCCGAGCUGGAGGAGGAUAUAGACUUUGAAAACGAUUUACUGAAAGUCCCUCCUGGAUUUAAAGCUGGGAUGGACUUCACUGACAAAGAGGCCAGAGUAACAAAGCCAGAGGUGAACCUCAUGUCUCUGCUGGACACACUGGAGGACAUCAGCGACUUACAGCCGGAGGCAGAAGAGAAGGAGGACGGAACAAGAGAAGAAGCUCCAAAACUGCCCAGAACAAACAGUCUGGAAGAUCUGGGCAUUCAGGACGCCGCGUCUCCUUCGUCUCAGCCGCAGAAAUCAAAAGACCAGCAGUCAAAGUCAAAAGAAAGCCCAGAGGCCACCAAGAAAUGGGCCAUACCCGUGGACAUCACGUCACCCUGCCAGGAUUUCCAUAAACGGAUCCCCAACCCGGCUUUCAAGUGGCCGUUCGAGCUGGACGUCUUCCAGAAACAGGCUGUGCUGCGGCUCGAGGCUCACGACUCCGUGUUUGUCGCCGCUCACACCUCAGCGGGAAAAACCGUGGUGGCCGAGUACGCCAUCGCUCUGUCCCAGAAGCACAUGACCAGGACGAUCUACACGUCUCCGAUCAAAGCUCUGUCCAAUCAGAAGUUCAGAGACUUUAAAAACACGUUUGGGGACGUCGGGCUCCUGACAGGCGACGUCCAGCUGAGUCCUGAAUCCUCCUGCCUCAUCAUGACCACAGAGAUCCUCAGGUCGAUGCUGUACAACGGCUCGGAGGUCAUCAGAGACCUGGAGUGGGUGAUUUUCGAUGAGGUUCACUACAUCAACGACGCCGAGAGAGGAGUCGUGUGGGAGGAGGUUUUGAUUAUGCUUCCCGAUCACGUCAGCAUCAUCCUGCUCAGCGCCACGGUGCCCAACGCGCUGGAGUUCAGUGAAUGGAUCGGCCGCAUAAAGAAGAGGCACAUAUAUGUGAUCAGCACGAUGAAGAGGCCGGUGCCGCUGGAGCAUUACCUCUACACUGGAAACAGCACCAAGACUCAGAAAGAGAUGUUUCUGCUGGUGGACGCGUCUGGAACCUUCCUCACUAAAGGGUACUACGCAGCCGUCGACGCCAAGAAGGAGCGAACCAGCAAACACGCCCAGUCCUUUGGCACGAAAAGCACUUCUCACAACACCACGGCCAGUCAGGACCGAGCGGUGUGGCUCACCCUCCUGCACUUCCUGUCCCAGCGGCAGCAGACGCCGGUGGUGGCCUUCACCUUCUCCCGGACGCGCUGCGACGAGAACGCCCGCUCGCUGGACUCCAUGGACCUGACCUCCUCUGUGGAGAAGGCGGAGAUUCACUCCUUCUUCCAGAAGAGCCUGAGCCGCCUGCGAGGCGGAGACCGGCAGCUGCCUCAGAUUUUGCUCAUGAGAGACCUGCUGAAGCGAGGCAUCGCCGUCCAUCACAGCGGCAUCCUGCCCAUCCUGAAGGAGGUCAUCGAGAUGCUUUUCUCACGGGGCCUCGUGAAGGUGCUGUUUGCCACCGAGACGUUCGCGAUGGGCGUGAACAUGCCGGCCAGGACGGUGGUUUUCGACAGCAUCAGGAAGCACGACGGGACCGGCUUCAGAAACCUGCUGCCAGGGGAGUAUAUUCAGAUGGCGGGCCGGGCGGGCCGCAGAGGGCUGGACGCCACGGGCACGGUCAUCAUCCUGUGCAAGGCGGGCGUGCACGAGAUGGCAGAUCUGCACGUCAUGAUGCUGGGUAAACCCACCGUCCUGCAGUCUCAGUUCAGACUGACCUACACCAUGAUCCUGAACCUGCUGCGAGUCGAGGCGCUGCGAGUGACCGACAUGAUGAGGCGGAGCUUCUCCGAGAGCCACAGGGACACUCAGGCCACCGAGAAGAGGAUCAACCAGCUGAAGCAGGCGCGCUCGUCUCUCCCCGUCCUGGACACGGAGGGUCAGCUGUCCGACCUGCUGCCGUACUACCACACCGUGACGGAGCUGCGCACCACCAUGGACACCCUUCAGCGGGCCAUCCUGGAGUCUGUGAACGGGCUGAAAGCUCUGUCUGUGGGCCGAGUCGUCGUGGUCAACAACAAGCAGCACCUCAACGCUUUAGGAGUCAUCCUGCAGGUGUCCAGCGACUCUGUGAAUCGCACCUUCACAGCUCUUGUUAUCUGUGAGAAAGGCAACGAGGAAGGAGAGGAGCAAGGCGCCGACCACAUGAGUUUCCCUCACCUGUACAACACGGCGCUCUUCAUCCCUGAAGGUCCCUGCAGCCACACGGUGAAGAAGCUGAAGCUCCAGGACAUCUCGGCCAUCACGGUGAAAACCCUCAAGGUCAUUCCGGACCGGAUCAUCGACAACUACAACAAGAGGCAGCAGCCGCGCUUCAAGCACGACCCUCCCGGCCAAGCCAUCUCCACGGCAACGCAGGAGCUGCUGCGACUGGCCGAGGCCAACCCCGGCGGCCUGGCCUCGCUCGACCCCGUCAACGACCUCCAGCUGAAGAGCGUGGACGUGGUGGAGAGCUGGAUGAGGAUCCACGCGCUGCGGGACAGUCUGAAGGAGUUCAACUGCAUCCACUCGCCCACGUUCGCAGAGCAGUUUGCUCGGGUUCAGGAGAGGAUGAAGGUGGAGGAGGAGCUGGAGCAGCUCAUGUUCCUGGUGUCGGAUCAGUCUCUGACGCUGCUGCCCGAGUACCACCAGAGGAUCAAGGUGCUCCAGUCCCUCCAGUACGUGGACGGCAGCGGGGCGGUGCAGCUGAAGGGCCGGGUGGCCUGUCAGAUCAGCAGCCACGAGCUGCUGCUCACCGAGCUGCUGUUCGAGAACGUCCUGAGCCCGCUGGCCCCCGAGGAGAGCGCCGCCCUGCUGUCCUGCCUGGUCUUCACCCAGAACACCCAGGUGGAGCCGCACAUCACCAACACGCUGCAGGAGGGCAUUGACCGUGUGCUCUCGGUUGCGAAGCGUAUUGGCGAGCUCCAGAUGGAUUGUGGGAUCCCGCAGACAGCUGAGGAGUUUGUCGGCCAGUUCAAGUUUGGCCUGACGGAGGUGGUGUACUGCUGGGCCAGAGGCAUGCCGUUCGCCGAGAUCGCCCAGCUGACGGACGUCCAGGAGGGCACGGUGGUCCGCUGCAUCCAGCGGCUGGACGAGGUGCUGAAGGAGGUGCGGCAGGCCGCCCGCAUCGUGGGAGACUCCGUGCUGGGGAGCAAGAUGGAGAAGGCCUCGCUCGCCAUCCGCAGGGACAUCGUCUUCACCGCCUCGCUCUACACCCACUGAGGCGAGGUGGCGGAGGAGGAGGAUGUGAGAGCGAGCCCAAGUGCCUGCAGCCAAGUGCGAAAGGUGUGAGCGCGAUGGAGAUGCAUGGAGGAGGUGGAGACGGCGUGCAUGAUGAGUGCCUACAGAAACAUGUUGAUGUUUACAUGAACAAUCUCAAAUGUGAAGGAGGGACUGAUUUUUAACCUACAGACCAAAUGUCAGACAGCAGGGACCGACAUGAAACCGGGAUUGUAAUUUAUUGUACAGUAA